AUGAAUAUUUUUACAACUUUAUGUGCCAAUAAGUAUCGACAUUAUAGUACACUAAUAAAAUAUCACAGAUAUGGCAGACCCAAAUUUACUUCUGUAGUCAUGCAGAAAAGAUUUAAAAAAGAUGAUAAUUUGUCUACUCUAUUUGUCCCAGUACCUGUGAAACCAAAUCCAGAUGAUAUAAAUGUUGGUGUUGAACUUACUGGUAGACUGAAUAAAGGCGAUCUUUUAAAAGUACUAAACAGAUUUUACCAGAAGCCUGAAAUCAAACAGUUGGCUUUAGAAAAUGGAUUAGAUAAUUAUUUGCAGCACCAAGCAUACAUAAGUUUUAGAAGAUAUUGUCUUGAAGCCAAUACAUUGCCUGUUGAUCUUCAUGUAGUUAUUAGUGAUAUUUUACAAGGAGCUGGACAUGUAGAUGAUAUACUUCCAUAUUUCUUGAGACAUGCAAAACAAAUGUUUCCACAUCUUGAGUGUAUGGAUGAUUUAAAGAAAAUAAGCGAUCUUCGAUCACCUGCCAAUUGGUAUCCAGAGGCAAGAGCCAUUAAUCGCAAAAUUAUAUUCCAUGCCGGUCCAACAAAUAGUGGAAAAACAUAUCAUGCUUUAGAAAAAUACUUGUCAUCCAAUUCAGGAGUGUACUGUGGUCCUUUAAAACUUUUAGCGACUGAGGUGUAUCGCAAAUCAAAUGAAAGAGGUACACCUUGUGAUUUGGUUACUGGAGAAGAAAGAAAAUUUGCUGAUGAAAAAAAUGAAGCUUCAAAACAUGUGUCUUGCACUGUUGAAAUGGCAAAUGUAAACACACCAUAUGAUAUUGCAGUAAUUGAUGAAAUUCAAAUGAUGAAGGAUCCUAGUCGUGGUUGGGCUUGGACAAGAGCUUUGCUUGGUUUAGUGGCCAAUGAAAUUCAUAUUUGUGGUGAAGAAGGUGCAGUUGAUUUGGUUAAAGGUUUAAUGAUAACCACUGGUGAAGAUGUUCAGGUUUGUAGGUAUAAACGCCUUACUGAAUUAACUGUCGAAAAUUCAGCAGUUUGUACUUUGGACAAUAUUGUGCCAGGUGAUUGUAUUGUUUGCUUCAGUAAAAAUGAUGUAUAUACGGUAAGUCGAGGGAUAGAAUCUAGAGGUAUUGAAGUAGCAGUUAUAUAUGGUGGUCUGCCGCCUAAUACAAAAUUGGCUCAAGCACAAAAGUUUAAUGACCCUAAAAAUUCUUGUAGUGUUCUAGUUGCUACUGAUGCUAUUGGAAUGGGAUUAAACUUGAGUAUUAGAAGAGUUAUAUUUUAUUCAUUAAUAAAACCAACUUUAAAUGAAAAGGGAGAAAAGGAAAUGGAUACUAUUUCAGUGUCACAAGCACUUCAAAUCGCCGGACGAGCCGGACGUUAUGGAACACAAUACGAAAAAGGUUGUGUAACAACAUUUAAACCUCAAGACUUACCUACCUUAAGGAAUAUAUUAUCAGAAAAACCAGAACCUAUACUUAAAGCAGGACUCCAUCCAACUGCUGAUCAGAUAGAAUUAUAUGCAUACCAUUUGCCAAAUUCUACAUUAUCCAAUCUUGUGGAUAUAUUUAUUUCAUUAUCAACAGUCGAUGACUCUUUGUAUUUCAUGUGCAAAAUAGAAGAUUUUAAAUUUCUUGCUGAUAUGAUACAGCAUGUACCAUUACCACUAAGAGCAAGAUACGUGUUUUGUUGUGCCCCUAUUAACAGAAAAAUGCCAUUUGUUUGCACCAUGUUUCUUAAGUAUGCAAGACAAUAUAGUAAAAAUGAAUCUAUUACAUUUGAUUGGUUAUGCAAACAUAUUGGAUGGCCUUUCACAAUUCCAAAAACGAUUAUUGACUUGGUACAUUUAGAAGCAGUGUUUGAUGUUCUGGAUUUAUACUUAUGGUUUAGUUAUAGGUUUUCUGAUCUAUUUCUUGAAGCAAAUUUAGUGAGAGACAUGCAAUCAGAAUUAGAUGAUAUUAUUGAACAAGGUGUGGUUCAAAUUACUAGGUUGUUAAAAAAUUCUGAAUCAUCUAGUCCAAGUAGUGAUUCAAUUGAGGAAGAUUUCAAUGUUGCAAGACAUAAACAUAACUAUUUAAGAGGUUCAGACCAAAGAAACUUCAAUAAAAAUCAUAUAGGAAAGGGAAGGCUAACUGAAAGACUUUUAGCUCAAGGAUUAUUGACACCUAAUAUGCUAGAUGAGUUACAAAAAGAAUGGGAUAAAAGUAAAAAUAAACAUGAAGAUCAUAUUGAAAGUGAUGGCGAUAAUGAUGAUGACCCACCCCCUCAACCUAAUCACCCAAAUAAUAAAAGAUCCAGGAGAAGGAGAAGAAAAUAUUAG